UUUUUCAACUCAUACUGCCUCAGACGGCCACCAAGCAGCUGAAGAGAGAGCAGCCAGACGGACCCAUCAUGUCCGACAAACCAGAUUUUGCAGAAAUCGAAACAUUUGACAAGACCAAACUGAAGAAGACAGAAACCAGAGAGAAAAAUCCACUGCCCACUAAAGAAACUAUCGAACAGGAAAAGCAAAGUGAAAGUACAGCCUGAGCAUAAAAUCGAAGAUGUGACUGCUGCUUCUUCAGUGGGGUUUUGGCUUCUGAGUUGGGUUGUUGUUUAAUUUUGCCCGUCCCACCCCAUAUUUGUUGCCCAUUUAUUUUAGGAAACAUUUGUUCAUUUAAUGUUCCCAGGAGAAGUUUGUUUGUGUUUGUUGAAGAAGAUACUAUGUAUUUGUAUUCUUAAAAUUAUAAUUCCAAUUCUCUAUCAACCCCAUUACUUGGCAAAAAAACCCAAUUUGCAUAGAACUUGUUUUCCUAAACCUCACAAUAAACAGCUUUC